GUAUGCGCGAUAAUCUGUUUACCGCGGCAAGUUUGCAGUCAGUCCAAGAACAAUGUCGACAUCGUUAAGGGCAUUUUGAAAAUUGCGAUAUGAGAGUGUUUGCGCAAAAUAUCCGAAUUAUCUCAAAUCACGAAUCGAAUAACGAAUAUCCGAAUAAAAUUAACACGCUUUUAUCUCAAAUAAAUUUCUAUCGUCAUUAGGAAGAAAGGCGUUUACAAAUUUUUAGAAAUUAAUGAUUCAUAAUGCCACGAAGUCGUUUGGAUGCCGUUUACAGAAGUAUUUUGCUAACUAAAUUCUUUACGAAGGGCUGGGGUAGUCCUCACAAUCUUAAAAGAAUUUUUGAAUUUAGAAGACUCCUUGCCAACAGAGAAACAUGUUAUAAACUUAUACCCCGUGACUAUCCAAUUAACAUAACUAAGGAUGAAGAAUGGUCAGAUUGUCAUAUCAUAGAAGGAUGUUUUGAAAGUCCAUUCAAUAAACACCUCCCUGAUAUAAUGCCUUAUGAGACAAUAACUGCACAUUUCCAAUUAGUACUACCACCAAAAUGGCAUUCCCAUAAAAUAAAACCCAUUUGUUUACAUCUUGCUGGUACAGGAGAUCAUUUCUUUUGGAGGAGAAGAAAUCUAAUUGCCAAACCACUACUAAAAGAAUCAGGAAUUGCAUCUUUGUUAUUGGAAAAUCCAUUUUAUGGUUCAAGGAAACCACAGAAUCAAAUACGAUCUUGUUUACAUAAUGUAUGUGACAUCUUUAUCAUGGGAGGGUGUUUAAUAAUGGAAUCAAUUGUUUUACUAAAUUGGUGCGAGCAACAAGGUUUUGGACCUUUAGGAUUGACCGGCUUAUCAAUGGGUGGUCAUAUGGCUUCAUUAGCAGCGACUAACUGGCCGAAACCAAUUCCAUUAAUCCCUUGCCUUUCAUGGUCAACAGCAUCACCAGUAUUUACUCAAGGUGUAAUGAGUGCUUCGAUUAAUUGGACGCUUUUGGAAAACCAAUAUUUUGAAAAUGAACUGUAUCAAAAUGAUCUUGCCAAAAUGGUGAAAAUUAUUGGUAAAGAAGAUGCGUUUUUAGCUGGUCAACAUUUUGCACAGCAUUAUCCUUCGAGUAUGAAAAGAGUUAAUGAAUUAAAUCAUAUGUCUGACAAUACUAUUGAAGAUGUACAUACUACAACUGCCUCUGAAACUGUGAUUAAUAAUAAAGUACAUAACGACUGUGAUUCGCAAAACCAAGACAAUACUCUGAAGAAUCAAGUUGCUGAGGAAAAAGCAGCAAGGAUAUUUCCUUUAAACAUUUUAUCAAACAAAUUUAGAUUAAAAGAUUCAAAUACACUUAAAGUUUUAAAUGCUAACUUUACAAAAGCAUGGUUUGGUACAAGCACGUUUAUAGCACGUUUUGCUUUGGCAAUAGGUGUUUGUUUGUUACCAGUUCCAAAACAUCCGCUAUUUUCGGAUUGUAAAUGGCGCGAACGAGAAGCAUUGCAAUUUAUGUGCGGAAUAAUGGACGAAUGUACGCAUUUAAAAAAUUUUGAAGUGCCUGUUGAUACUGAGCUGAUUAUUGCUGUCUGUGCAAGAAAUGAUGCGUACGUUCCACGUGAUGAUUGUAUGAGCUUGGAUAAAAUCUGGCCAGGAGCUGAAAUUCGAUACAUAGAUGCCGGACAUGUAUCUGCCUAUCUUCUUCAUCAGAAAGUAUUUAGAUCUACUAUAGUAGAAGCGUUUGAGCGAUCAAUGAAGAAAUAUCCUAUGCAAAUCAGCUGAUAUGUACAUACGCAAUUUCAGCAGAUGUCUGAUGUCUUGUCUAAAAUUUAGAUAACUAAAGAUAGUCUGAGCAAGUGGUUACUUUUGAAAUGGAAUUUUGUGUGUUUAUUCAUGAUAUUAUUAAGAAGCAUUAUAUUUAAAUCAUUUUUUAGAUAUUUUACGAUUUUUAUUGUGUCAUUUGAUCGAUUUUACGAACUAAAAUACCGAGGGAAGAUAAUCGUGUAUGUGAACAGAUCCUAUCCUUUAUACAUUGUAUAAUAUACAAAAUGUUGUUUAUUAUUAUAAAAAAAUUAUAAAAAAUGGUUAUAUUUUAUGCAAUGCGAAUAAAUUGUAACAUAAUCUGUAAAAACGAAUAAAUUAUCUAAAUCAUUGUU